AUGAAUUUCAAGUUUAAAGAGACCCAUACCUUUGAGCAAAGACAACAGGACUCCUCAAAGAUAAAGGCCAAGUACCCUAAUAGAGUUCCGGUCGUCGUAGAACGUCAUCGUCAUUCACAAAUACCCGAUAUUGACAAACAUAAGUUUCUUGUUCCGGACGAUGUUACAGUUGCUCAGUUUAUGUGGAUCAUUCGAAAACGUAUUGAUAUCUCAUCAGAAAAAGCCCUCUUUCUUUUUGUUGAGAAGAAUAUGCCGCAAACAAGUUCUUCCUUACAUAAGAUAUUUUAAUCAGAUGUUUUCGACUUGAUAUACACAGUAAUUGUUGGUCUGAUGGACAUUUAAAAUUCCUAUGAAUAAUCCUUUGGACAACAGUGGUACCAUUUGACACAAAAUACAAACACUUGUUCAAAUAGUAACAUACUCAAGGGAGAAGUGUUACUGCAUUUAGGUAAAAAAAUUCACAAACUAACACCGGUCAUAAAGCUAAAGUAUAUGCUGUUUAUUUAAACUACAUAAGUUCAUUCGGGCUCAUAUCAGCGCUAAACAAAAAGCUAUAAUUUGAUAUUCAGAAUCAGUCCGUAAUUCAUUGUCAAAGUAGGACCUUAGAAAUAAAGUUUAUCGGUAAGUUUCUAUACUCUAUGUCAGUACAGGGAGAGAUAACAUCAAAAGAAGCAAAUAUGAACUAAUUUCCAUCACAAUGGAAAUCUACGUACGAAAGUACAAUUUUAAAGGAACAAAUGAGAUUAAAUCGUGAAAAUUUAAGAUUGACACCUAACUCACUAUUCAGCCCAGUAAUAAAGAAUGAAUGCAACUAAUAUCAAUUUUGUCGUGUCACCCAACUUUUCUAACCAUUAAAUUACGAUUGCUGAGCAGCCCCCAAUCAGGAAGUUUGCUCCUACACCAACAUGCUUCGGACUAGUGAUCAAGUAAUACCAUGUCUUGAUCUGCUAACAUCCAGCUUUAUUCUAAUCUGUCUACCCUACUCAUGCAUAACAUACUUCCUAACUGUAACAGUUCUCAUGUAGUUAAGUCAGUCUUUUCCUUAUAACAAUGAUUUUCAGAUACAACUAGUGUUUCAAUU